AGCUUAGAUUUGCUAUCCUCAGGAGUUAGUCUCUGUGAUGAUCUGUGUUCCAUUUCCAAAUAAUGGUUUUGUGGGAAGCUGUUCUAUCACCAGCACUUCAGGUCCUGUUUGACAAGUUAUCUUCAGGGGAUUUGAGGAAAUUCCUAGAGACCUGCAAAGUUCAAGAAUUGCUAAUUGAAAAGCUCAAGAUUGCCUAUUUCACCAACACCGCUGUUGUUGAUGAUGCAGAGGAGAAGCAGUACCACAAUCCAGCCAUCGAAACGUGGCUUCACAUGCUCAAAGUUUCCGUCUAUGAAGCCGAGGACAUAUUAGAUGAACUCGCAACUGAAGCUUUAAGGCACAAGCAGCAGCAGCAGCAGCAGCACUACUCAACCGGAAACCAGGUGCGAAAUUGGAGUUUUACCUCUUUAAAUCCAUUUGUCAACGGGGUCAAUUCCAAGAUCGAGUAUCUCGUCGAGAAGCUGGAGUACAUUGCCAAACAAAAAGACGGCCUGGGUUUAAAUAGCGGCGGUAGAGGGGGAUUGUCUCAGUCUGGUUUCAGUUGGAGAACUCCCUCUACGCCAUUGUUGAUUGAAUCUCAUGUUUAUGGUCGAGAGGCAGCCAAAGAGGAAAUUAUUCCAUUACUAUGCGAGGAUCAUCAAGUGGUGGAUGGUAGUAGUACUACUACCUCUACUGCUGGCUUUGCUGUAGUUCCAAUAAUUGGGAUGGGCAGGAUUGGAAAGACCACUCUAGCGAAAAUAGUCUAUAACGACAGGAGAAUCGACGAUUAUUUCGACGUGAAAGCGUGGGCGUGGGUAUCCGAUAGUUUCGAUGUCACCAGCGUAACCAGAACGCUUGUUGAGUCGGUCACGGGUAAGCCCAGUAACACGACCAACUUGGAACUGCUUCAGAGCAGUUUGAGAAGGGAAUUGAACAAGAAGAAGUUCCUUAUUGUAUUGGACGAUGUGUGGAAUGAGAACUACGAUAAAUGGAGUGAACUAGUCACUCCUUUUGCGGUUGGGAAGCAACAUAGUAAGAUCAUCGUGACAACUCGGAAUAAGGAGGUUUUGUCCAUAAUGAACUCAAUUGACCACCCAUACCAACUCAAGGAAAUGUCGGAUAAUUCAUGUUUGUCUUUGUUUCAACAACAUGCAUUUAGAAGUCGCAAUCCAAAUGCCUAUCCAGAACUACAAGCAAUUGGUACAGAAAUGGCUUACAAGUGUAAAGGCUUACCUUUGGCAGUUAAGACGCUAGGAGGCCUAUUGGCUUCCAAACCCGACGUGAACUGGUGGCGUGGAAUACUCCGUAGCAACUUGUGGGAUUUACCGCAACAUAAAGACGCUAUUCUACCUGCACUAAGAUUGAGCUACCAUCAUCUCCCCAUGAAUUUAAAGAGGUGUUUCGCAUAUUGUUCAAUAUUCCCAAAGGGAUGUGAAUUCCAUAGGAAGACAUUAGUCUUACUUUGGAUGGCAGAAGGUUUCAUACAACAAAGUGGCAAUCUUGAAAGCUUGGAAGACCUAGGUAAUGAAUAUUUCGACAAUUUACUCUCGAGGUCCUUCUUUCAAGAAUCGUUACAUAGUCAGUCUAUGUAUGUGAUGCACGACUUAAUCAAUGAUCUAGCUCACUCUAUAUCGAGAAAAAUGUGCAUAAGGUUGGAGGACCCAUCGAGCUCGAGCUGGAGCUCAAGACAGCCCGAGUUCUCUGAGAAUGCUCGUCAUUUUUCAUAUAUACGUACAAAGUAUGAUGUUUUCAAGAGAUUUGAAUCAUUGUAUAAUGUAAAGAAGCUACGCACCUUCUUAUCAUUUCCCCCUCGAUCCGUUUCAGAGGUCUGCUACUUAACCAAGGUUGUUCCGAACGACAUUCUACCCAAGUUAAGAUGUUUGCGGGUGUUAUCGUUGAACGGAUAUUGCAUCAAAGAGCUCCCAGACACGAUUUGUGGUUUGAAACAACUUAGGUAUCUAGAUCUCUCUUGCACUGAAAUAGAGAAGCUUCCGAAAUCAUUUUGUACUUUGUACAAUCUACAAACAUUAAUACUAUGUGAAUGCAGUUUUCUUAUUGAGUUGCCUGCUGAUCUAGCAGUACUAGUGAACCUGCAACAUCUAGACAUUACAGGGAGUGGAAUAGAAAAGAUGCCGACGAGAAUUGAGAACUUGACAAACCUCAGGACAUUAUCGGACUUCAUUAUCGGUACUUCCAAAGGCGAGCUUGUGGUCGAUGCUGAUGGAUUUCGAAUAGGAGAGGCAGUUGGUGGUGCUACAGGAUCUGGGAUAAGUGAUCUGAGGAAGUUAUCAAACCUUCAAGGAAAGCUCUCCAUUUCAGGACUGGAGAAUGUGGUAACCGCCUUGGAUGCAAAAAGAGCUCGUCUGGAAAACAAGAUAGGCAUCAAUGAACUCAUGUUUGUUUGGGGAAGCAGUUUAAAUGAAUCAAGAAAUGAACUGAUUGAAUUGGUUGUUCUUGAGAUGCUACAACCCCACAAAGAGAUUCAAAGGCUUACUAUUGAAAACUUUGGUGGAUUAGGAUUUCCCACAUGGAUUGGAGAUCCGUCUUUCAGUAAGCUUGUCUACUUGAACUUGAUUGAUUGCCAAAGAUGCAUUCGAAUUCCCUCUGUUGGUCAGCUACCAUUUCUUAAAAGUCUCUUUAUUAAGGGAAUGACUGGAAUAAAGAGUAUAGGCACUGAAUUAUAUGGAUAUCACUCCCAACCGUUUCCUUUGUUGGAAACCCUAAGUUUCGAGGAUAUGCUGGAAUGGGAGGAGUGGUCAACGCCAUCGGAGGUCGAGGGAUUCCCUAAUCUCAGUCAGCUUUGCAUACUGAGAUGUCCUAAGCUACAAGGUCAACUUCCAAACCAUCUUUCUCAGCUAUCUAAGCUCGUGCUGAAUGGAAUCCAAAGGAUGUCAUCUUCUCUCCCAAGGCUUCCACUUCUUCAUGAAUUAGAGGUCAAGGAAUGUGAUCAAGGCAUAUUUAGCGGUGAACUUGACUUCAGAAACCUCGUUACAUUGAGAAUGCAUAGUGUUUCCAAUCUGACAUGGCUUCAUGGAGGAAUGGUUAGGUCCUUAACUAGAGUUGAACAAUUGGCAAUUGUCGAUUGUCCCAGGCUCGCCUUUCUAUCGAAUGAAGAGGUGGGAUUCGAACAUCUGCAUUGUCUUAAGCAGCUCGUGGUUCAAAACUGCCCACUAUUGGUUUUCUUGUUUGAAGAGAAGGACAUGCCAGGAAAACUGGAAUAUUUGGAGCUAGAUUCUUGUCAUAGCCUGAAGAAACUUCCAAAAGAAUUUCACAAGUUAACGUCUCUUCAGGAAUUGACGAUCAAAGACUGCCCGAGGCUUAAAUCCUUCUCAGAGACUGAUUUUCCAUCUCAACUGAGGAGCAUUACAAUUCGAGGGUGUAACUGGGAAUCAAUACCAGCCUCUCUUAUAACCAACUGUCCGUCUCUUGAGAAUGUGUACAUCAGCGGUUGUUACUCCCUCAUUUCAUUCCCGGAUGGAGAUAGAAAGACUCCCACCACUUUCAAGCAUUUGAGCAUUGAUCUAUGCCCCAGUCUGGAGUCGCUCCCGAAAGGAAUGAUGCUUGCAAGCAACUCCUCUCUUGAAGUUCUAGAGAUUUUCGACUGUUCCUCAAUCGUGUCAUUCCCGAAAGGACAGUUGCCUGUGACAUUGAAGAAUCUGAAUCUGUGGAACUGUGCCAAGUUAGAAUCGCUGAAAGGGGUGAUGACACUGGCAUUGUCUCUUGAAUCGUUUCGAAUUGGAAACUGCAUCAAACUUCAAUUCUUGCCAGAUAGCCUGCAUGGAUUUGUGAAUCUAGAGUAUUUUGAAAUUGAUGAAUGCCCUAGUCUAGUUUCGUUUCCUCAAGAAGGGCUUCCGAUAAAUCUGAAAACAGUUCAUAUAGGGAAUUGUGAGAACCUUCUGGCGUUACCAAAGCGGAUGCAACACCUGACUUCUCUUCAAGAACUGGAGAUAUUUGAUUGUCCAAGCAUAGUUUGUUUUCCAGAAGGCGGUUUUCCAAUUAACCUCCUUUCUUUGGAGAUCAAAGGCUGUGCUAAUUUGAAGCCUUUGCCUGACUGGGGAUUGGAGAGGCUCUGCUCACUUAGAAAAUUCUCCAUCUAUGGUGCUUGCCUGGAUCUCACUUAUUUUCCUGAUUGGCUUCUUCCAUCUACCUUAACCACUCUUCAUAUUGGAAGGCUACCAAACCUGACAUCUUUAUCUGACUGCCUUUGCAAUUUAGUAUCCUUAGAGGAACUGAAGAUCAAGGAAUGUCCGGAACUCGCUCAUUUGCCAAACGAAGGGCUUCCUGCUACACUUUCUUAUCUUGAGAUUAGUUCAUGUGCUCUGCUUGAACGACACUGCGAAACGAAUAUGGCCAAAAUAGAUCACAUUCCUUGCAUAGUUAUGUAAUACCCAUUUGUUUUCUCCAUUUGAUGAAUAAUGAUUUUUUGGUGCUCAAUUGCUUAUUUCGAAAGAUUAUACGCAAGAUUUGCUUAUUGGGUUGUGUUUACUUUUUCUUAUUCGAAUCGAAUCUACACAUUUGGUUUCUUAGGCAAGACUCUUUCCAAUUUAGCUAUCCUGUGACAUUUUGUGUUUAA